GCGGGUGAUUUUGAAGACUAGGGAGCCAAGUCCAGCUAGCUCCACGACAGUUUUGCCAAUAUGCCAAAGUCAUUUACUAGCCAUUGAUCUCCUCCACACAAGUAUCAACUUCUCAAUCAAGUCUUGAUUUAAAAGAUGGCUUUGUUGGCCAAAACAACCACACUCUUGCACAAAGCCCACCACAUGGAGAGAUUUUACAUGAAGUCUCUGCUGGCUGUACUGGUACCCGUAUUAGCAGUGCAGUCUUGCAUAGUUUCCCAAGCCUUUUCAUUCUCAAACUUAACCGAUCAAUCAGCUUUGCUUGCUUUCAAAACUGCUGUCAAGUAUGACCCUAACAAUGUAUUGGGUAAUUGGACCACAAGAACCAAUUUCUGCAACUGGGCUGGAGUCUCGUGCAGCCGACACAGACAAAGAGUCACGGCCUUGCAGCUUCCGAGCAUGAGACUUGGAGGCACCAUUUCUCCUCAUAUUGGAAACCUCUCAUUCCUCAUGAAGCUUGAUCUUGUAGAGAACAGUUUCCAUGGCUUUUUGAUUCAAAACCUCACUCGUUUGCUUCGCUUGGUAGAUCUCAAUUUACAUGACAACCUGUUAGAAGGAGAGAUCCCAACAAGCAUACAGCAAUGUCAAAAGCUUCAAGUUAUUUGUCUUGCAAACAAUAGACUUGUUGGUCAAAUACCGGUUGAGCUAACCACCUUACCUUUGCUUCGUGUUCUUUACUUAGGGGGUAACAAUCUUACAGGUACCCUCCCACCUUCUUUUGGUAAUUUGUCAAACUUUGAAAGGUUCUAUAUAGACGAAAACUAUGUUUAUGGUAACAUUCCUAAUGAGAUAGGACAUCUUAAGAAGUUGAAAGUAAUAGAUUUCAAUGGAAACUAUUUCACCGGGUCAAUUCCACCAACAAUUUUAAACAUCUCCACUCUCCAAAAGGUUUUUUUUUCAAGGAACGGCCUCUCAGGAAAUAUUCCUCCGAGUAUUGGCCUUGGGCUUCCUAAUCUUGAAAAACUUGAUCUAUCUGAGAAUAAAUUUAGUGGAAAAAUCCCUUUGUAUUUGUCCAAUUGCUCAAAGCUCGAUGGAUUAGAAAUGUCUUUUAACCAAUUUACAGGGCCAGUAUCUAGAACUUUAGGCCAUUUCCAUAUCCUCGAAUGGUUUUCUUUGGCAAAUAAUCCAUUGGGGGGAAUCAUACCUGAAUCCAUCGGGAACCUUUCGAGUAACUUACAAUAUUUUGAUGCAUCGACAUGCCAAAUAAAGGGUGAAAUUCCUAAAGAGAUUGGUUCCUUAAAAGUGAAUUUUCUUGCACUUAGUGACAACGAUAUUCAUGGAACUAUUCCAUCAACAAUUGGGGAAAUGAAAGGCAUGCAAAGGUUGUAUUUAGAUGGUAAUGAACUUGAAGGUCCCAUUCCUGAUGAGAUAUGUCUAUUAGCCAACGCGGGAGAAAUUUCUUUCCAAAAUAACAAGGUCACUGGUUCGAUCCCUCACUGCAUUGGAAAUCUUAGUCAUUUGCAGAGACUAUUCCUAGGUUCUAAUAAAUUGAACUCGUCUAUACCAUCAAGUUUAUGGAACCUUGAAAAUCUCUUGUUUUUAGAUUUGUCAUCCAAUCUGUUAGGCAGGAACCUCGAUCCAAACAUUAAGGUAUUAAAAGUUUUGGAAAGCAUGGAUUUAUCUUCAAACAAUAUUUCAGGUGAUAUUCCCAAUGCUAUAGCAGCUUUUCAAAGCCUUAAUUCUCUUAAUCUGUCAAGAAAUUCAUUCUGGGGAUCCAUUCCAGAAUCAUUUGGAAACUUGAUAACGUUGGACUUCUUGGAUUUAUCCCACAACAAUUUAUCUGGUGCAAUACCCAAGGCUCUUGAGGCACUUUCACAUCUCAAAUACUUGAAUUUGUCUUUCAAUAGAUUAUCCGGGGAAAUUCCAAGUCAAGGGCCUUUUAUGAACUUCACAGCAGAUAGUUUUAUAGGCAAUGAAGCACUCUGUGGUCCACCAACUUUACAUGUGCCACCCUGCACAAGUCAUAGAAUGCAAAAAGCGAGAACAAAAUUGCUUAUUGAAAUCAUUAUGCCUACCGUUGCAUUAGUGAUAGUCUCUAUUGCUCUCUUCUUCAUUUGGAAAAUGUAUCAAGGAAACAAUGUGGAGAAGUUGAAUUCAAUUGGAUUAUUGCCUGUAGUUGAGCAUAAAAUGUUUUCAUACCAAGAGCUUUCUAGAGCUGCAAACGACUUUUGUGAAGCCAACUUGCUCGGUGUAGGGAGUUAUAGUUCCGUAUACAAAGGAGUACUUUCUGAUGGAGAAAUAGUAGCGUUAAAAGUUUUGAAUUUGCAAGUAGAGGGCGCUUUCAAAAAUUUUGAUGCAGAAUGCAAUGUCUUGCGAGCAGUUCGCCAUAGGAACCUUGUUAAAGUCAUUAGUACAUGUUCCAAUCCAGAAUUAAGAGUUUUGGUUCUUCAAUACAUGCCUAAUGGAAGCCUCGAGAAGUGGUUAUAUUCUCAUAACUUCUGUUUGAAUCUCUUUCAAAGAGUAAGUAUUAUGGUUGAUGUUGCAUUAGCCUUGGAAUACCUCCACUACGAUCAAGCAGAGCCUGUCGUUCACUGUGAUUUGAAGCCUAGCAAUGUUCUGUUAGAUGAUGAAAUGGUUGCACAUGUUGCUGACUUUGGCAUUGCAAAGAUUUUAGCACAAAACAAGACUACAACGCAAACAAAGACUUUGGGCACCCUCGGCUACAUUGCACCAGAGUAUGGUUCUGAAGGAAGAGUUUCCACCAAAGGCGAUAUAUAUAGCUAUGGAAUAAUGUUGCUAGAAGCAUUCACAAGAAAGAAACCAACAGAUGAGAUGUUCACUGAAGCACUGAGUUUGAAGCAAUGGGUGAAUGCUUCACUUCCAGAUCGAGUAAUGGAAGUUGUGGAUGGUGGUUUGUUGAGAAUAGAAGAUGGUAGGGAUGCGAUUGCCAAUAAAGAUUAUCUUUUGGCCAUUAUGGAAACAGGUGUAGAGUGUGCUGCAGAAUUGCCUGAACGGAGGACCGACAUAAAGGAUGUGGUGACCAAGCUUAACAAGAUCAAGUUGCAGCUUCUUCGCAGUGGAUAUGCUUGAUUUGUAUAUGCUCUUGUUGUCAUGUGUUGUUUAGUUUGCCCAUGAGAUCCUCUGUUUGCUUUGUUUCAAAACAUUUACAAUCGUUGAUUAUGCUUUCAAAUUCCCGUACUUUAAGAUCCUCAAAUAAUUGAACUUUGAAUAUUUUUUAACA